AUGGAUAUCCCCACCAACGAUGACGGUUUCAAAUGGUUCGGCGAGGGCUUCGAUGGCUUUCCCAAGCGUCUACCGGAUGAUUGUGUCGAAUACAUCAUCUAUGUCAUCGAGGAGCAACAACAGCGCCAGAACAGCAUCGCUACUACUCGAAGCAGGCUGAAUCAGAUACUGAAAGCCAGCAACGAUCUGAAACGAAAGCUCCUUUCCGAGUACAUAUGGCAACGGGAAGCCUUCGACUUGAAGCUGUGUCCUCAAGCUCAGGCACCGUCAACAGCCGACCAGACUCCGAAGCGUUCAGAGGAUGAUCCAAAAAGACCACACCUCAAAGGACGGACGAAUGUUGGCGACUCCAUCGCAGACGAAUGGCUCGUCGUGUAUCUUCUGCUUGAGCUCAGCAAGCAGCACCCAGACGCUUGGAUCCGAGUCUACGACACCGAUGGCGAGUUCCUCCUCAUCGAGGCUGCCAACGCUCUGCCCAAAUGGCUGAACCCUGACAUAGCGGAGAAUCGUGUCUGGAUUAGCAACGGCCACUUGCGUGUGAUACCACUUGACGAGCAUCAAUCCAAUUCGCGGAAUAUGAGCGCUCAGGAUGCUUUGGCUUUCAUCUCUCGUUCGCCGGACAAGCUGAUCAUCAGCCCGUUCAUCGAGGAUGAAGCAUUCCACCGGAUACGGGACUAUCCUUCUUCCAUCAAAUCGUCGCUGCAUCACGCACUCCUGACUAUUCCAAGGAAUCUGGCGUAUAUACUCCACCGCAACCCGUCCUAUGUCAGCCCGGCCAUUGAAGCAUUCUACCUCCGUGAUCCGGUCGCACUCAAACCACUUGCAACCAAAGAUACUUCAACUCUGCUAUUCCCUCCCGCAGACUUCGUCACCGCAAGCGUCAAGUUCACAAAGGUCGGCUACGCGCAACUUCGAAGUCAGGUCUUCGAUGCGCCACCGGCAUGGACAGCAGUCGCUCCGAAAUUGCAAGCUGGAGACGCGAAGACCGAGAUGGGCAUGAAGGUGGCGUGCGGCAUGGAGAUGCUGCUGUCUGAUCUGCAGAACAAAGACAAGAAGGACGUGCGAGAAAUUAAGCUGUUACUGGAGGACGUUGAAAGUAGCGAGGAGACGCUGCCUUCUGAUGAGGAGAUAUCCAAGUGGACGCAAACGCAAGACGAUGAGAAGUGGCUUGAUAUCGACUACAAUGAUUUCGAGAACGAGCUGUCUGGUCGGAAGGAUGCAAAUGGUGAGAAGUCCAACACUGCCACUGGUAAAGGCUUCGGCGACGCGAACGCACAGCAAAACUUGCGCAAGAUGGUCUCCCGCUUUGAGGACUUCUUGAACGAUGACACGGCGGGUGCGGACGGUGUUGACGACGAUGAUCUUGAUGACAAUGAGUCCGACGCUUCUGAUACUGGCUCUUCCGACGGCGAAGACAAGGACGCUUCGUUCGACGAAGCAGAGUUUGAGAAAGCUAUGAAGGAGAUGAUGGGUAUGCCACCCGAUGAGCUCGAGAAGAACGGACUGUUGGACGAGGCUCGUAAGCUUGCACUUGAAGAUGCAGAGGAGUCCCAAGGUGGCAAGGAUGACUGGGGCGAAGACGAGGAGAUGAAGAAAGUGAUGGAACUCAUGGAGCAAGAAUUGAAAGGUCACGGGGCGCUGGAUCUCAGCGGGGGUAUGCUCAGGAAGAAGAAGACCGGUCCGAAUUCCAAACCGGCUUCGAAAGAACAGCCCAAGGAGAAGAGGACAGUCCACUUCGGGCCCGAGCGACCGCCGAAUAUGUUCGCGAAGAAGGACGACGGAGCCGAGAGCGCGGACGAGGAGAUCGGGCCCGGCGAUGGCGAGUUGAGUUCGGAUGACGAAGAGUUCAAUGACGUGGAUCUCGGGCUUGCGAAGAAUAUGCUGGAGUCGUUCAAGGGGCAGGCGGGCAUGGCUGGGCCGGCGGGAAAUCUGAUGAAGGCGAUGGGUGUAAAUAUGCCGAGGGACGAGGGUGGUGAUAGCGAUUGA